GUUAGAUGGGAACACUAGCUGCUUCGCAUGUAUAUACAAGUUUCCGGUGAACCAAAAUAAGAAGAGAAACCUUUGUUUGAGUUAAUGAAUUAAAAACUAUUUGAAAGUGAUCUGUGGAACAGUAUAAUUCAGAGAGAUGAGGACGGAAGUUACAGAGUCACAACCUUUCAAAAACUUAAAAGAAUUAUUCGAUAACGUGGGUAACUUGAAACCAUGGCCAGAAAUUGGAGAACUACGAGAUUCAACUGAUUAUGUGUACAGUGGUUUAGAAAUAAGCGCAGGAAGAACGCGGUUAGAAAAAUUGGAUAGAGAAGUACAUCCGAAAACGUUGCUCUGUCAUGAUAUGAAAGGUGGCUACCUAGAAGACAGAUUUAUAUAUGGAUCAGAAUCUUAUGAUUCUUACCUAUUUUAUCACUGGAGUGUUAUUGACACUUUUGUGUAUUUUAGUCAUCAUUUCAUAACUGUGCCCCCUUUUGGAUGGAUUAAUGCAGCACAUAAUCAUGGUGUAAAAGUUCUUGGUACUGUAAUUACGGAAAGAGAAGGUAUCUGGGAUGUUAUACUUGAAUCUCAUGAAGAAGUAAGAAGAUUUGCAGAUGCACUAAUACUUGUUGCAAAAUUUUAUAAGUUUGAUGGCUGGUUAUUAAAUAUUGAAAAUACCAUUAAAAGUGAGCAAGUUAAUAAUUUAAUUUAUUUUGUAAAAUAUCUAACAGAAAAUAUUCAUGAAGCAAUUAGAAAUUCUGAAAUUAUAUGGUACGAUAGCGUAACCAAUGAAGGAAAAUUAAAUUGGCAAAAUGAGCUUAACAGUAAAAACAUAGAUUUCUUUUUAAACUGCGAUGCCAUUUACUUGAAUUAUAACUGGAUGAAAUCAAAAUUGAAAAACAGUUUGGCACUAGCAAAAACUCACAGUCGAGAUAUUCAUGAUAUAUAUGUAGGAGUUGAUGUUUGAGGUAGAGGUUGUCCUGGCGGUGGUGGAUUUAAUUCAUCAUAUGCUUUACAAAAAAUACGACACGAAGGACUUUCUGUUGCACUUUUUGGUCCAGGUUGGACUCACGAAUUUUUCGGAUCUAAGACAUUCCAAGAAGUAGAAGAUCUAUUUUGGGCACAGUUGUUUCCUUAUUUACAGCAAACGGAAGUCAACACGAACCAAUACUAGUUCUCGGCAAUAAUACCGGCUUAAAAUCCAUCGUUCAUUAUAAAUCAAGGGAUUUGGUUGACAACUGGAAAAGAUGUGUUUACCGAACGAACAUGAGGACUGUGAACGAAAUUGGUAUAUCUUUUGCGAGGAGUAACGUCUGCUAUCUGGGAAAGAUCGUCCUCAAACAAAAGCAUCGACACCUGGACGGUCAGGAAGCAACACUUCGAUAAAGCUCUGUAUUCGUAAUAAAUUAAAUUCGAGAUCUGCUGAAAUGGAGGAAGAAUUUAAAGCGUGCGCUACUUGAAAUAUCAGCGAACAAACAAUUUUAGAACCGGAUAAUUCUUGCAAUAUUUGUUGUAGAUAUUUACUUUAGAAAAUGUUAUUUGGAUAACAUUUUUGAUUCAAAUUUUAUUUCUGGCGGUUAUGAGCCUUAUCUUUAUAAAAAACAGAAAUAUUUACGUAUAUGUGUAUACUUGUUUAUGUAUAUAUUGAUAAUAUCUGUAGAAUUUUGAACAGUCGUAAUGUCGUGACAAAAGUGUCAUCAACUAAUCUGUGCGCUGUGUUUCACUUUUUUAUUCCUGUUAAAUUAAAUUACAUCUUCGAGUAAAUUUUAGCGAUAAGAAGCUUUUCCUUUAAGAUAUAGUACCUAUGAGAUAGGGAGGGGUUAGGUUACACAGAUUGUACGAUUUUCUUUUUCAGUUACAGUUUUUAAUUACAGCAGCUCAGGUAUUUACUUAACUCUUUCGUUUCUAUGGCUGAAAUAUUUAAUAAAUGGUCGAGAUAAUAUUCCUCGGGUGACACUGUGGAGGAGAUAUCUCGUGUAACUAUUUAUCAAAACGAUGCAAAACGUGUAAAUUGGAUUGCCGUAUCUGUCUCCGAUUGUUCAUCUAGUUCCAACUUGAAAAACUUAGAUAUUCUUUAUUUCCCCGAGAACUGUUGGAUUAAGGAAAUUGAUUGGAGAUGAUCGUUUGUUUGAUUUUAAAAUAUAACAACUUUAACACUAGGUUUACGCACAUUUCGAAUGCGUCAAAUAGACGCGUAUAGAUAUAGGUAUACUACACAGAAAGCUUGGAAACUUUGGAAAGCUUUGCAAAAAAUGAAUUUCGAUAUACAUUUAUAUUGCUAAAUGGAUAAAAGUUAAUGGCAGAGAAAUGUAAAUGGCUCGUGUAAUUUUCCGCAUGAAAUUCGAAAUACGUCGAAAUGACGUCUCCCGUAAAUUAUAUCACUUCGAUGAGCUACUAAAAUUACAAGCGUUUAUGCGUUUUGAUUGCACCGAACCGUUUCAAUAUAGUUUUAACUCUGAUUUCGUUUGCAUCCAUCUGAAAGUGGUUUGUACAGGACGCAUAUUGAUCGGUUGCCGUGUACACCGUUAAUUUUCCAAUCAGCGGCAUUUUGAAUAUAGUGACGACAUUUGCGCUUUAGUCGCGUAAAUGAACUAUGGACGACUUGGUUACGAUGGAUUAAUAUCCGAAUAUUAAUAUUAGGUGAAAAUAUUAUCAUAAAAUCGGACAGUGGUUAAAAUUUCCAACCUUCGAUGAAAACAUUAAGUAGAGUCACCGAUUAGAUGAAAACGUGGAAUAAAACCUCAGUUGAU